CGAGAAGCAGCAGCAUUUCUGAAAUUGAUAGCUAGCAUGGAAAGUAUUCAAGUUGGCUCUAAUGCACUUAUUUUGGAAGUUCUUGACCGUAGUAACUACAAAUAUUGGAGAUCGCGGUUGGAAACUUAUUUGUUGGCUGAAGAUCUCUGGGAGGUUGUUGAAGCAAUCCCGCCAAAACUCAAGGAUAAUCCAGCUGAAUAUAAGAAUUGGACCAAAAAGAAUGCAAAGGCUUUGUAUGCAAUCCAAAAUUCAUGUGGGAGGGAGCUGUUCUCUUUCAUAAGUGAAAUUAAGACGGCCAAAUGUGCCUGGGAGGUUUUGGAACAAGAGUGCAAGGCUGUGCAAGGAUAUGAUGAGAACAAUCCCGACCACUCGAUCCGCUAUAAAUCAUUCAUCGAAUCUGUGAGGAGUGGUGAUUGGGAUAAGGCAAAGAAAUGUCUUGGAGAAGUUGAUGUUCGCAGUGUAGUAGUGAGAGCAAUAGACGAAUGGGACGGAGAAAUAGCUCUUCAUGUAGCAACCAAGGAAGGGCACGUGCAUAUCGUGAAAGAGUUGGUGCAUUUGAUGACACAAGAAGAUUUGAAAACGAAAACCGCUCAUGGUCACACAGCUCUUCACGUAGCAGCAUGGAUGGGGCAUGUGCAUAUCGUGAAAGAGUUCCCGUGCCGUUGAUGGGAGAAGUACAAGACUGGGAAGGUGACACAGCUCUUCAUAUAGCAGUCCAGGAAGGGAAGGUCGAUAUUGUUACCGAGAGAUGACUACCGAGAAACUGCUCUUCAUGUAGCAGCUCGGCAAGGGCAUUUGGACGUUACCAGAGGAUUGGUGUUGUUGCUGAAAAUGAGAGAAGAAGAUUUGGAAUUGAAAACUGCUGAAGAUUUCACAACUUUUGGGUUUGGUAUAACUUUAGGGGUCGAUGAAGAAUUCCUCAUGGAAAGGGCCAAAUACAUGGUUGAACAGUAUGAGAAAACAUUAAGCAGUGUUUUGGAGAUACAAAACGCUGAAGGGUCCACAGCUCUUCACCUAGCAGCACUGCUAGGGUACAGGGAUAUUGGGAAAGAGUUGGUGCCAUUAAUGAGAAAAGAAGGUUUAGAAAUAAAAGACGCUGAUGGAGACACAGCUCUUAACAUCGCAAUCUUACAAGGGCUUGAAGAUAUUGCGAAGGAGUCGGUGCAAUCGAUGAGACCAGAGGGUGUGGAAAUAAAAGACGGUCGGGGUUUUACAGCUUUAAAUUGGGCUGUCCAACGUUUCAAGGAUGGAGACAUUCACGAAAUUGCUAAAUACAUGGCUGAAAAGAAUGGUAAAGUAUUUGGCAUACCCUCCGCUCCCGAUGAUGACAUUCCAGUUGUCACAGCUCUUCGUUGGAGCAAAUGGGAUUCGGCUCGCUAUAUCUAUUCGGUCACCCCGCAUACAGCUCUCGAGGGAGCCAAUGGCAGUUCACUUAUUUGCGCAUGUCUCA